AAAUUAACAAAUGGGUAUUUGCCAAGGCACAAGAUCACCAUCAAAUAAGUAAUAAGAAAAUAAAUAAAAUCAUCCUUAAGAAGUAAACUCUGAUAUUUUGAUUAUUGGAUAGGAAAAAUAAAAAACUGAAAACUUAGUUCCUAAUCAGAUAGAUCCAAUUCUAUUGUAAUAAAUAGAAUAAUUACCUAUAAUAUUUAGCCUGUCUUUUGAUAAAGAUGGAUAAAAUUUGAUCCUAGCAACAGAGAGAGAUCUUUCAAUUUUUAAAUAUUAGAAUGGAUAGUUUCAACUUCAAAUUAAUAAAAAAGAGUAGGCAACUGCAAUAGUUUUAAGUAAAAAAGUUGAUUGGUUUGCAUAUUCAGCCCAUCAAGAAGGUUUAAAGUGUUGUAUAAAAAAAAAUGAUAAUUAUUGGGAAACUUCAGAUGCAGAAAGAUAUGUGGGGUAAUAUAUAUUCUGCUUAGUAUUAAAUAACGAUGAAAAUGAAUUAAUCUCUGCUGUUGAAGACUAUGGAAUUUAUUUUUGGAAUGUAAAUUGUUUAGAUAAUAAAAUAAAAUAAUCCAAUAUACGCUUGCUUCUAAAUAACAUAACCACUCUUUGUUUAAAUCCAUCAGAGAAUUUAUUAGUAUCAUCAACUUAUUCCUCAAUAAUUAUGCUUUGGGGAAAAUUCGAAAAUAAUAAAUGGGAACGUAUGUAUGAUUUGGAGCCUCCUCUUAAAUUUAAUCAAGCUAGAUCAAUAAGUUUUAUUACUGAUGAUACUUUGGUAUUAUAAGAUUAUCAAAUAGAUUAUGUUUAUGUUUAUAAAUUACUAGAUGGAAUCUUCGUUAUUGCUUAAACAAUUGAAUCAUAAAAUAAAUAUUGCAAAAAUACAUUUAUGAAUGUUAGUGGAGGGUUUCCAAAAAUUUACAAUAAAAAAAGAAAGCUACUUUAUUUGAGACAUUAAAGUUAAAUCAAAUUUUUUACCUAAUAAAAUAAUAACCUCUUAUUUUAACAAAUACCAGACUAUAUUUAAUUUGAUGAUUUUAAAGUUUAUAAUUUAGUUAUGAGUGAUAACGGGAAAUUCUUAGCUGUAUGUGGAUUUAUGGACAAAAUGUUAAUUUAUUAAUUGAUUAUGGAUUGA